GCUUUGGUUUCAUUCACAGAAUCUAUGAAACAAUGAAGUUGUUCAUCGUACUCGGUGUCUGUCUAGGAACUACUCUUGCCGCCCUAUUUCCAGACUCAAAAGUGAACAAACAAUCUGUGAAGGAAACGCAGUUACGUCACCUAAUCGAGUCAGGUGAAACAACUGAAGUUAAAAAACUUAUCGAAGAUGGAGUCAAUGUAAAUGUUAAAUACGAUAAAGGAACCAUGCCAAUUCAUCUGGCUGCAAAAUUGGGUAAGGAGGAUAUAGUUAAAACUUUGCUUGAAAAUAAUGCUGCUGUUGAUGCUAGAAACGAUCGUGAUUGGACUCCACUCCACAUAGCUGCCAGUGAAGGUCACGAGAAAAUUGUUGAUAUACUCAUUCAGGCUGGAGUUGAUAUUGAAGCCAGGCAAGAAGAUGGCUGGACGGCUCUUCAUUUGGCUGCUGAAAGAGAUCAAGAAACAGUCGUUAAUCUUCUCAUUCAAAGUGGUUCGGAUUUUGAUGCUUUUGGAGAUUCAAACCGAACUCCAAUUUAUUUCGCAGCAAAGAAAGGUUUUGAAAAAGUAGCUGAACUUCUGAUUGAAGCUGGCGCUGAUGUUAAUAACGUUGAAGAAGUGGAUGGUCUAACGCCCCUUCAUUUGGCUUCACAUAACGGCCAUGACAAAGUUGUUGAGAUUCUGCUUUCAUCUGGGGCAAACAUCAGUGCUACAGACAUGAAAAACUGGACACCGCUUCAUCUCGCCACUCAAAAUGGCUAUGAAAAAGUCGUCGAAAUCUUGCUUAAAAAUGGUGCGGAUGUUAAUGCCGAAGAAGUAGAUAAAUGGACACCAUUGCAUUUGGCUGUACAGAUUGGUCAUGAGAAACUUACUAAAUUUUUAAUCCAAAAUGGUGCUGACAUCGAGGCAAAAGAAACAGCUGCAUGGACUCCGCUUCACAUUGCUGCCGAUUUUGGCCAUGAGAAAAUCGUCGAAAUUCUUCUCGAAGCUGGUGCGAAUGUUGAUCCCAAAGAUGAAGAUGAUUUCACUCCGCUUCAUCUUUCUGCCCAAAAUGGUAAGGCAGACGCUACCAAGAUUCUGAUUGAAAACAAAGCCAAUGUAAAUUCUAAAAAUAGUAAAGGAGAUUCACCUCUUCACUUAGCUGCCGAUUCUAAUAAAUAUGAAAUCGUUGACAUUCUCAUUCACGCUGGAGCUAAUGUCAACAGCAGAAACAAUAAAGGAUGGACACCAUUUUGCAGAGCACGUGAUCUUGCCUAUGGGAAAAUCGAAAAAUUUCUGACUGCAAAUGGUGCAACACAAACUUGCGACGACAAAACCUCUUCAAAAUAAUGAUACAAAUUUAAAAAAAAAAAAUUUUGUUCAACAUUUGUCCUGUGCGGAUAUCACAAAAACCAAUCUAUCUCUGAUUUGUACAAAAAAAUUGAUUAAUAAAUAAAUUUCAAUCUACUUCAUCAAA